CCGCGCCGCUCCUCCCGGCGGAGGGCGGGGAGGGAGCGCGUAGCCAGGGACGACAGGCGCACGCAGCGCCGGCCCUGCAGCGCCGCGCCGCUUGGGUCCCUGCCCAAAGCCCGGCAACAAAGACCCCCCCUUCCCCCCCCCCCCCGGCAUCGCGCAGCCUUUUCCCGUCCCCUCCGCGGCAUGUAGCGGCGCGGAGCCGCCGCCGGGGCUCGGCUGCGGGCAGGCUGCGUGCCCCCCCCCCGCUCCCCCCAUGCCGCGCCAGUGAAGCCGGGAGGCAGCGGGCGACGCGGCGCUGCGAGCUCCGCUCGGCCUGACGGAGCCGCCGGCCACCAUGGGGAAAUCCAACAGCAAGUUGAAGCCCGAAGUUGUGGAGGAGCUGACCAGGAAAACGUACUUUACGGAGAAGGAGGUGCAGCAGUGGUACAAGGGCUUCAUCAAGGACUGCCCCAGCGGGCAGCUCGACGCCGCCGGCUUUCAGAAGAUCUACAAGCAGUUCUUCCCCUUCGGCGACCCCACCAAAUUCGCCACCUUCGUUUUCAACGUCUUCGACGAGAACAAAGACGGGAGGAUCGAGUUUUCGGAGUUCAUCCAGGCGCUGUCGGUCACCUCGCGGGGGACGCUGGACGAGAAGCUGAGGUGGGCGUUUAAGCUGUACGACCUGGACAACGACGGGUACAUCACGAGGAACGAGAUGCUGGACAUCGUCGACGCCAUUUAUCAGAUGGUGGGAAACACGGUGGAGCUUCCCGAGGAGGAGAACACGCCGGAGAAGAGGGUGGACCGGAUUUUCGCCAUGAUGGACAAGAACGCGGACGGGAAGCUGACGCUGCAGGAGUUCCAGGAGGGCUCCAAGGCCGACCCCUCCAUCGUGCAGGCCCUCUCCCUCUACGACGGCCUCGUAUAGUCCCGGCGCCGGCGGCGCUGUCCGGGGGCAGAGUCUCGCCGUGCCAUGCGACCGCCUCCGCGCGAAGCUUGCCUCUCCCUCUCCGGCCUUCCUCCAUGCUGCGCGAGCAAAGGAUGCACUCGCGGCGCGAGCUCACUCCCCCACUCCGCGCUCCGAACCAACCGUCGCCAUUCGCCAACCUCCGCUUUUUCCAAAAAAAAACGAGAAAGAAAAGGAUCUGACCGGCAGUGACCGCCCGAGACUUCAGGGCUGGGGGAGCGGGUCGUGCAGUGCCCGGCGGAGGGGCCCCCGGCCUCCUCGCCCCCUCGGCUCCUCUUUGCUCCGGUUUCCCAUGGGACUGCGGAUGCGACGGCUCCUUCGUGUCCCUCUCCCGGGAAACGGCCGCUUGGAGACGGAGCCCAAAGGUACCGGCGGCACCCGGGGAGCCGAGGCACCAGCGGCGAUGGGAACAGAGUCCACGCGUCACCUGCGGUGCCGGUGGCAGCCCAGCCCGGGUCACUAGGGAUGUAUAUUAUUAUAUAAUUAUUUUUUUUUGUGAGACAGUAUCGUGCUAUUUUUUUUUUCUUUUUCCCUUUGGUGGAAAAACGUGAGGCUUUUUUCUUUUUUUUAUAUGCCUAUCUCUACGAUCGACAUCUUUAUUUAUUUGUUGUCAAUGUUGCUGCCGUGUUUAGUCUCUCGUGCGUGUGUCCGAACACCUAGGUGAUGAUCUGUAAGGUUUACAUGCUCGUACGCUAUUGCGGGGCGUCGGGAGCCUGCAAUAACAAUGAAGCCAAAAAUCUGCCUCCCCCUCUCUUCCCACCCCCCGUUUACUGUGCUUCGUGGCCUGGCUAAUGUUUUAAGGGGGGUCUGUGGCUUUUUUUCCUCUCCCCGCUCCCUGUUUCCUGCAUUUUUCCGUUCGCCCGGCUCCCUACCAGCUCGGCUAAGGAUUGCUCAGCCCAAGCUCCAUGCCGGACUGGAGCCCGUCCUGGCUCGGCUUCUCGGAGACGUCCGCGUGGCUUUUCCCGGCUCGGCCUUCCCGUUGGGCGGAGCAAGGGAACAGCCCUUGUCCGGGACUUGCAAAUUUGCAUUUUUUCCCUUUUCUUACUGCAUGAAGAGUAUUAACGGAGCCGAGAGGUGGGUUUUGCUUUCAAACCGACUCGCUUUCCUUCUUUUUCCCGCAAACCGUGGGAAUGUCGCGUUUCCGCCCCGCGGCCGAGCAAGCCCGGCGCUCACGGUGCCCGGCAGCCCGCCGCGUUUUGCAGCCGUUUAAGGUAAAACUGGGGCCGUGCUGCGAGGCGGCGCUGCGGAGGGGUGGGCGAGCAGCGGGGCCGGGGCCGGAGGUGCCCUCGGACGGGAGCAUCCCGGCACCGAGGGCUCAGCCCCGCGCGGCUGUGGCUGGACAGUGCUGUUAUCCCGCCGGCUCCGGCCUCCACCUCCCCGUCUCCGGGGAAGCUGGCGCGGCUGGCGGUGGCAUCACUUUCCGAGACGGACUCGUCCCGCGUCCGGAUGCCGGGAGCCCCGCCGUGUCCCACGCACUCGCCGGGCCCCGCUGGGGCAGGAGGCAGCGGGGGGAGAGCGAGGACCUUCUCGCCGGCGGCCCCGAAGUGCCAGAGGCGAGACGGUGCCCGGUGGGGGGGUUCUGCUUCCCGGCCCUUCGCCCCGGGGAGGCUGGUGGCUCCCUGGUUUGUGGCACAGGCGGCAGGGAUGGAGCCUCUCCAGGACUCGGCUUUGAUUCCUGCUCCGGCUGGAGCCCGGCGAGACUCCGGGACGCGGCUGCUUUCCCUGCUCUGCGGGGAGCUGGGAUCCUGCCGUUCGCCGACGCCUUUCCCACCCAUGGCGCUUGGAGCUGCUCUUUCCGAUGCCUGUGCCAAAAUGCCUAUCCCUGUCCCUGAGGAGCCCGACCUCACGUCCUUGUGCAAUAUUUUAGGCAGCUGGUGCCAACCCCGCGGUUGGCUUCGGGGAAGAGCUCGUCGGGCGCCCGGAGCGCUGGCGGUGGCUGCGGGGACGUCUCCUCCGGCGAGCGAGGAUCCGCGUUGUGCUGGCGGGGAGGGACGGGCGCUGGAGCAGCCCAAGCCCUCGCUCCUCUCCCUGACGCCGCCGGCACUCGCGCCUGCUCGGUGGUGGCGGCGAGAUGCCCCCUCUCCCCCCGCCGCCGCGCUCCCUCGCGGCCCCGACGGCUUUGCCUUGCCGGCUUCUCCACGGAAAUCGCGGCUUCGUUCAAAACCCAGGUCAACGUGUUUCUAUGCGGCCGAACGGGCUCCGCUCUGGGGCUCGCGGGCGGCGGGCGCGUGGGCAGGGCUAGAGCUGGAGCAGGGAGCGGAGGGGCACGGCGGGGAGCCCUGAGCCGGUGCACGUGCGUCCCGAAACGGCCUCGGGGGCUCCCCGGAGCAUGCAGGGAGCCUGUCCCCGCUUAGGAGAUCGGCUGAUGCACGUGCUUAGUUUUAAGCCCUCAAAUGAGGAGUUUACGGGAAUGUUUCUGCCUCUGCUGCAGUUCGAGCCCCCGCGUGUCGGUGCCGGUGGCUGCUGGAUGGUGCCACCGCGCUCUUUUCCCUGGAAACUCCUUUUCCUCGAUGCUUUGUAGCCAAAAUGCAGCUCUUGUAGGUAGAUCUUUGCAGUGCCUCCAACUCCUCUGACUCUCCUCUGCCAGCCUGGUCCCCUCCUGGUGCCGACUGACGUUGCCGAUGAAUGUGACGCUGCUGUAACCGUCUCUGCUGAUGAAGGAUGAACCAUGCAGCCUUUACAAUAAUGCCCGGGCAAGUGUAACUGUCAUUUGCUCUGACACUUUCCUCUGAAAGGCUUCGAAUUUUGCACUAGCUUCGCACCUCCCGGCCCAUCGCCCAAAGGACCUGCUGUACUUCAAGCCCUGCCGUGUAAAUAUUCAGGCUGGGAAAGAGACCCGCCGUUUCCCAGGAGAGGCUGCGCUUGCCGGAGGUGGACGCCCAGCUUUGGGCUCAGGCUUGGAAGAGCUUCACUCCGUAGAAACACCGAACUACGGUUUCUGCCAGACCGGUCCCCGACGUCCCCAGCAGCCCUUCCUCCGCUGCCCGCUGGGUUUUCCAGCAGCGGCCGAUGCCGAAAGGCUUAGGGAUGUAGCAGCUCCUCGGCCCGACGUCUCAGCCAUCCCUCACACCUUUGAAAAUAUUUGCACAUUAAAAAAAGAAAAAAAGCAAAAAACGAUUUUUGCCUGUAUUAAAACGCUCUUGGUUGGUUAGUGAAGGCCCUGUUUGGUUUUGCAGUGACGACGUGUUUUCCUGGCUGGAGGAGCUCGCUGGAGCCAGGCGGGUCGUGGUUGGCACCCGCGGGGGUGGCCUGUCCCCUCCCUGCGGCAGGGCCUGCUCGUGGGUCUGCCCUGCCCCAGCUCUUUGCAUGCUGAGCACCUCCCGCAAGUCACUGAGGCCACCGUGCUCAAACCCGGCGGAGGAUCCGGGACCCCGGCUGGGCAAUGCCGGAGCCCCUCGGCACCGCCAGCUCCUCGCGAAAAUCAUCGGGACCUGCAGCUUCUCUGUACCACUGGAAACAAGGCUUGGAGCAUCUCACGCUAGGACAUGUUGGCCUUAACCUCUCUGUGCCUCAGUUUCCCCAUCAGUAAGGCGAUCCGGGCGACGCGGCGCGGCUUCGAGGGAGUCGAGUUUGGCGGCGUCGGCCGGAAAGCGCGCGGGGCAGGAGCGGGGCAGGGGCCGCGGUGCGGAGCGGUCGGUUUGCAUCGCCCAACGAUUCAUUUCAGUCUUCUUUUUAAUCCGGUCCUUAUUAAAAACGAACAAACCACGAGA